AUGGACGACAAAGUCGAUGAAAAGAGGCCUGACAUCGAAGCCACCGUCCCGUCCAGUCCUGUAGAAGGACAAUCCCAGUCUUGGAGCGUUGACGAGGCCGAAGUCUUCGUGACCGGGCACGAUGGUGUCAACUUUCGAACCGUGGGCUGGAUCAGAGCGUCCAUGUUCUUCUUGAAGAUGACAUUUGCCGCCGGUGUUCUCUCGAUCCCUGCCGCACUCUACAAUCUCGGUGCCGUGGCGGGCUGCAUUUUCAUCGUCUUCUGGGGCGGACUCAACACCUAUUGUGCCGUCCUCCAGGGGCAAUUCAAGCUCAGGUACCCAUCUGUGCACACGAUAGCGGACAGUGCUCAUAUCGCCGCUCUUCAGUUGGGCUUCACCAAGAAGAAUGCCUUCGUGGUGAAGGAGAUGACCGAGUUCGUCUAUCUCUUCACCUGGAUCCUUUGCGCCGGCGUCUCGACCCUGGGUUUCUCCAUCGCCCUCAACGCCGUGUCGAGGCACGGCACUUGCAGCGUGGCUUUCGGCUUCGUCGCGUACAUCAUCGUGGCCUCGGUCGCCAGCAUCCGCAAGAUUCACAAUCUGGGCUGGAUCACCUGGGUCGGCUUCGUCUCCAUCGUCUCGGCCAUCAUGAUCGUGGUGAUCGCCGUCACACUACGCGAUCGUCCGGCCGCCGCACCUCCGACAGGUGACUUCGAACUCGGCUUCGCCGCCUUUCCUCCGGUGGGCACGUCUUUUGCCACGGCGUGGUCGGCUUCGCUGGCCAUCUUCUCCUCUUCCGCCAACACGUCUGGCUUUGUCCCCGUGAUCUCGGAGAUGCGAAGACCGCAAGACUACUUCAAGAGUGUCUACGUUUGCAUGGCUUGGAUCACGGCGUCGUAUCUGGCACUCGCCACGACCGUCUACGCCUACUGUGGUCGAUGGGUGGCAUCACCGGCAUUGGGCUCGGCGGGCCCGACGAUCAAGAUCAUCUCGUACGCGAUUGCGAUCCCUGGACUCAUUGCUGGCACGAUGAUAUGCAUCCACGUCGCCGGGAAGAGCGUGUUCGUCCGGCUUUUGCGGAACAGCCACCAUCUGACCCACAAUACCAAGACUCAUUGGGCGGUUUGGCUGUCCUGCACGUAUGGAACGGGGUUACUCGGUUGGAUUUUGUGCGAGGCGAUUCCAUUCUACGGUAGCCUGGUCUCGCUCAUCGGCGCUUUGGGCUUUGGCUAUCUGGGCGUCUGUAUCCCGGCGGUCCUCUGGUGCGUCCUGCACCGAGACGCCCGCAAAGGUUCGGCUCUGAUGGUGGUUCUCUUCUACACACAUGUCGCGAUAUUCCUGCUUGGCCUGCUGAUCACCGUUGGGGGCACUUACGCCAACGUCGUGAGCAUUAUCGAUCAAUACAGGACUGGCCAGGUCGGGUCGGCGUUCAGUUGCGUCGAUAACAGCAAUACGGUCGCUGGAGGUUGA